AUGCAGGUAUGGCGGCGGGGCUUCGUCACGUCCGCUGCAAGACUUGGUGUUAAACCCACCGUCGUCACACAGCCCAGAAUCCUCCGAUGUUCACAGGUCCUCCAAGCCACCCGGAAAGACGGCGGCAGCAGUCUCGAGGAGCAGGAGCUUAAGCUUCAGGGGUUCAUUCGGUCUGUUAGAAAACAUAAGCGGUUUGCGUUUGCAGAGAUAUCAGACGGAUCAACGGUAGUGCCAUUGCAAGCUAUUUUGACCCCGUCACAGGCGGCUGAGCUAUCUACCGGAACGGCCGUUGAAGUGCGCGGAGUAUGGAAAGCCUGCCCACCAGGCAAAGAGCAGACUCAUGAACUCCAGGCGACGGACGUGAGCAUUGUUGGCGCGGCAGAUCCCCAGACAUAUCCCAUCCAAAAGAAAUACCACAGUCCCGAUUUCCUUCGACAAAUUCCUCACCUCCGCCUUCGAACGCCUUUCCAUUCCCUCCUGUCGCGCUUCAGAUCAGAAUGCCUAUACCAGUUGGGAAAUGUGUUUCGCUUUCAUCCCAGUGGCCCUUUCACCCAAGUUCAACCACCACUGCUCACAUCCUCUGAUUGCGAGGGCGCUGGCGAGACUUUUACUGUGGUACCGCGUGAGUCGAUGGGGUCUGCCAGCGCUGCUGAAGGGGAGCAUUUCUUCCGAGCUCCAAAAUAUCUUACUGUAUCGUCGCAAUUGCAUCUUGAAGCGUACGCUGCGGAGCUGGGUAGUGUUUGGACUCUUACGCCCGUGUUCAGGGCGGAGAAAAGCGACACGCCUCGUCAUCUCAGCGAAUUCUACAUGCUGGAGGCUGAGGUUAAUUUCAUGUAUACACUUGACGAUCUCACUAAUCUUGUCGAAUACCUACUGCGUGAUCUCGUUCGUCGAUUAUACGAUACCCCUGUUGGCCAGGAGAUAUUGACUGCAAAGAGAUCAGGCGAGUCUGGUCAGGAGGACAGCCCGAACGCAAGUUUACCAGAUCUACGGCAGAGAUGGCUUGACCUGAUGGAUGGUCCCAACUGGCAGCGCAUCACUUAUACACAAGCGAUCAAGAUGCUACAGAACGCGGUUGCACAUGAUGGUGCAAAGUUUGAGCACCCGCCAACAUGGUCAGGUGGUCUGCAGCUAGAACACGAGAAGUAUAUUGUGGAAGUGCUAUGCAAGAACAAACCUGUCUUUGUUACGGACUAUCCUAAGCAGGUCAAACCAUUCUACAUGGUCCCAUCGCAUAUGCCAACUACAGAGGGGGAGACGGUUGCGUGCUUUGACCUCCUCCUACCCGAUGUCAGCGAGGUAGCCGGAGGAUCGCUUCGCGAGCAUCGCUUGGAGCAUUUAAUCAACAAUAUGCGUGAGAACGGGCUGGUUAAAGAACGUCCGUUGUCGUCCUCUACCGAGUCGUCGGAGUCUUCAACAUCGGCACCUCCCGAAGAGAUUCUUUCCAAUCCUGAAUCAGAGCCGCUGUACCCAGGUCUCCUCCCCAACGAAGAUCUUGGCCAUCUCCGAUGGUACGCCGAUCUGCGGCGCUGGGGCACAGCUCCACAUGGAGGAUUCGGUGUAGGAUUUGACAGAUUGCUGGGCUAUCUGGCAGGUGUGUCGAGUGUGCGGGACGUGGUAGCUUUCCCGCGGUACUUUGGCCGGGCUGACUGCUGA